AUGCAUUAUGCAGUCAACGCAUGUUUGUUCCCUCUGUGUGCCGCACAUGGCCUGGCUAUCACCACGGUAGAGGGAGUAGGGAACCCGGCUACUGGAUUACACUCCGUGCAGCAACGUCUUGUAGAAUCACAUGGUCUUCAGUGUGGCUUCUGUACACCUGGUUUUGUUAUGUCGGCAUUCGCACUGCUGAGAAACAAUCCUAACCCAACCCGGAAACAAGUGGAACGCGCAAUUGAAGGAAACCUUUGCAGAUGUACUGGAUAUCGCCCUAUUUUGGACGCCCUUCUUACAUUUAGUCAGGAUGGUUGCCCAAUGGGAAACGCAUGCUGUAAGAAUUCUUCCGAAAGCAAGAACAAAGAGGAGAAGAACCAGGUUGCAGAAGCCAGUCUCGAUGGUAAACAGGUCUCGAUCUUUCCUCCGGAACUCAAGCUCCACGAUGACUAUUUCAAUAAAGAAGUACAGUUUACAGACGGUGAAUAUACGUGGUAUAGACCAGUCAACCUGCAACAGAUACUCGUGCUGAAGCAGAAACACCCGCGUGCACCAAUUAUAAUGGGGAACACAACAACAGCCCGUCCCCUGGCAGAAGGUGUUUUUGAUGAUGAAAAGAUACUACUUUAUGGAGGAAGUAUUCCCGAAAUGAAAGACUUUUCUGUAACGAAAGACGACUUGAUUGCUGGUGGAGCAUGCACUGUAUCAGAACUGGCAGACCAUCUGGAAACUGUAGCAAGUCAACUAACGGGUGAACAAACAAGACAUAUAACGGUUCUUCUAGAAAUGGUGUCCAGAUAUGGGUCUGAACAAAUCAGGAAUGUUUCGACUUUGGCCGGAAGUUUGAUGUGUGGACGUUCAGACUCUGAUAUAAAAACGUUAUUCAAAGUUCUUGGCACUAACGUUAGAGUUGCUUCAACCAAGAGAUCGAGAAUUGUACCAUUAACUGAUCUAAAAAUCGCAAACAAUGAAGUAAUUACUGCUAUACAUGUGCCGCUUGCUUCCAAAAAUGAAUUCAGCGCUUUCUACAAACAGUCAGAGAGAAGGUCCUUCUCUCUCGCAAUCGUCAACGCUGGAAUGUUUGCCAAGGUAGAUACAGAGGAAAAGAUCAAAAGCCUGAGGUUGUGCUACGGCGGUAUCUUCAAAGAAGAAUAUUUGAUAGAUAAAGUGUCAAAGGUGACAGCAGGAAGGUCUUGGGAUGACGCUUUAUUACACGAUGUUCUGGCUACAAUAACUGACAUACUGAGCGACGACAAUGGUCACAAAGUAGACAGCUACAAGUUAUCUGUCGCUUCCGGCCUUUGGUUUAAAUUUUUCAACAAAAUACAAGCAGAACUAAAGCUUUGUGAACGUGACGAAGGUUUGGUACGCCCAGUGUCACUACCUCCUUAUAGUAGCAGGCAAGUGUUUGAUGCUUGUACAGAUGAUGGGCAAAGUGACGAGGAUGCAUUAGGACGAACUGUUCCGAACGUUCAUUCUGAGGCCGCUGUAUCAGGGGAGGCUAUCUAUGUUGACGACCUUCCUCGUCACCAAAAUGAGCUGUUUGUUGCCCUUGUCAUCAGCAGUGUAGCCCACGCAAAAAUUCUAAAUGUUGACGCAAGUAAAGCUUUGAACCUUCAAGGUGUGCACGGAUAUAUAGACCACAGAGAUAUUCCAGGAAGAAAUGGAUUCGGAGUACUUGUUCCAGAUCAAGAGCUUUUUUGCUCUGGGGAGGUAUUAGCAUUUGGCCAGCCCAUCGGUGGUAUCAUUGCAGAAAGCCGUGAAGUAGCACAAAGGGCAGCUGCCAUGGUAACAGUUGAAUAUGAGGAGAUGAAGCCAAUCUUAACUAUACAGGAUGCUAUAGAGAACAAUUCUUUCUACGGAAAGCCACAUCAUUUGGUAGAUGGUGAUGUAGAUCGCGGGUUGGCUGAAUCUGAGCACGUGAUUACAGGAGAAUACCAAACAGGACUUCAAGAACAUUUCUACCUAGAACCUUUUGCAGCACUGGCAUUACCUAAAGAAAACCAGGAGAUGGAGAUAAAUUGCACCACUCAAAAUCUCAAAGGAAUGCAAGCUGAAGUAGCUGAACUAUUGAAAAUUGCGCAACACAAAGUCACAUGCAAAGUGAAACGCCUUGGUGGCGGCUUUGGUGGAAAGGAAGCUCAAGUUAUGUCAGUAACGGGAGCUGCUGCACUUGCUGCGCUAAAAACGAAACGACCUGUCCGAUGUGUGCUGCCGAGAGCAACGGAUAUGAUUGUCACAGGAAAGAGACACCCCUUUCUCGGGAAAUAUAAGGUUGGCUUCAACAAAAAUGGAAAAAUCACAGCAUUAGAUCUGAAAUUAUACAGCAAUAGCGGAUAUUCUUUGGAUAUGUCUGGUUUGAUAAUGGAUGUCGCUUUAAAAUCAUUUGACUCGGGGUACAGGGUCAAAGACAUUCAGGUUGAGGGAUAUUUAUGCAAAACAAACACGCCUUCUAACACAGCUUUUCGCGGAUUUGGACAUCCACAGGCCGUGCUCGUUAUGGAAGAUAUCAUAUUUCAGAUCGCUACGACACUAAAUCUUAAUUCACAGAAGGUUCGGGAGGUCAACCUCUAUCAAGAAGGGGAAGUGACACCGUAUGGAACAAAACUUGUGAAAUGCACAUUACCAGAGCUUUGGAAGAACUGUAAAUCUAACAGUAAUUUUGAAAGUCGCCUAAAAGACAUUGAUGACUUUAACAGGGACAGUAAAUGGAAGAAAAGAGGAAUCUCCAUGACGGCAUCAAAAUAUGGCAUUGGCUUUGGCACUGUUUUUAUGUACCAGGGGGCUGCACUGGUUAAUAUAUACACAGACGGAUCAGUACUUGUCGCCCACGGAGGGAUUGAGAUGGGUCAAGGUCUCAACACGAAGUUGAUACAGGUUGCUUCAAGCGUUCUUGGUAUACCAAAGGAAAAGAUCCAUACAGUUGAAAACAGUACACGGGAGAUCCCAAACGCUAUAGUUACCGCAGGUAGCAUGGGCACAGAUCUUUAUGGUCCAGCUGUCAAGGACGCCUGUGAAACACUUAACAAACGACUAAAUCCUUUAAAGGAUGCAAUGCCAGGAGUUCCAUGGGAGAAACUGAUAUUUACAGCCUUUUUCAAGCGUAUACAGCUCUCGGCUACAGGAUUCUAUUGUCCACAGAAAGAAGGAGAUUUUGAUAUUGUAAAGAAAAAUGGAUCUCCUUUCGAUUAUUUCACUUACGGAGUGGCUUGCACGGAGGUGGAAAUUGAUGUCUUAACUGGGGAAUGCCAGGUAUUACAAACAGAUUUACAUCUUGAUAUUGGUAAGAGUUUGAAUCCUGCACUAGACAUAGGCCAGAUUGAAGGAGCGUUUGUCCAGGGACUGGGAAUGGUCACUUCAGAAAGCAUGGAGAUAGAUGAGAAAGGCCGCAUUAACAACUGUAGCCCUCUGAGCUACAAAAUACCAAAUGUUAAAAGUAUUCCGCGGAAACUGGCGGUGAACUUGAUUAAAAAUCACGAUAUUGUGACCAAUAUCUAUUCGUCAAAGUCUGCUGGAGAGCCGCCAUAUAUUUUAUCCCUGUCGGUCAUUACUGCAAUUAAAGAAGCAAUACUUGCUGCACGUGCUCAGAUUGGCAAGAUCGGAUACUUCCGGCUUGACUCACCAGCUACUGUGCAAAGGAUACAGGAAGCGUGUGGACAGCAAAUCAAAGUUUAACAUUUGGGAUAAAAAACUGCUUAUGAGUAACAAAUGCAUGUAAUCAGAAUAUUCAAGUUUGACGUUUCAGAAGAAAAUGAGAUCUUCUUUAGAAUUUGAAUGUAUUCAUAAUGUGCUAGAAACAGAUAUGAUGAACAGGGACUAAAGCGAUUCCUUUUUAUAUAUAUAUUGCGAAUGUAGUAUUUAUAGAAAAUAAAUGGUCUCUGACCAUUCGUAAGAUCAAAUCAACAUUUUUUAAUUCGUAUCUUAUAAUAAUGAUAUACUUUAUUAGUUUGAUGUACGUUCAUUGUGUUACCCUAACGCCGUUUCGUGAACCUAUCUUGCUGUUGCGUAUAAACAAUAUUUGUGCCCUUUUCGCCAGAUUGCACUUGCAAGCUGGCCUGGCGUCAUUCACAAAAAACAUUGACAAAAUGACGUCGUUCGAACACAUGUUUUAAUAUGUGACGUCAAAAAAACCCCAUAGAAUUAUAGCUCAAACUAACUUUUCUGACGGUGAAAGUGAUCCGGCGCAAAAUACUUUUUUUCCUUGAUUUUAGAUGUUUUAAAUAAAAUCAGGAAAGGAACUGUAUCUUUAUCGCAAGGCGCAUUAAAAUUAAAAGUGGGUAGGUCUUUUGGUUCUUCUUUUUAUAUGCUGAAAAGAUCGAUAUCUUUUUAUAUAUUUUUUUUCAAUUUUCGGAAGCCAUUAAAUGAAAACCACUUACUGCUGUGGCCAGCUUCUGUAUAAAUGUAAAUAUAGGAAAUUAAUGUCAUUUUGUUGCGUUUACUUCGGUAUAAACCACUUCUUCAAACCAUUCGAAAAACGCUUGCACGGUGAUUUAAAAAACGAUGCAUAUUUAAUGGUCAGGCCUGAAACAGUUGGCACAAUGAGUGUGCGAUGACGAGACAGUUAGGGGAUUUCAUAACGAUUGGCCGUUAAAACAUCUGACUCUAGUGGCAGACAGGUUUGAUUGUUACAUUUUUUUUAAUUUUUAUUUCAGUCUCAUUCAUGUACGGAGUAUACAACAUAAAAGAGAAGCAUGACAGAUAAAAUAUACAUGACCAUUCAUUAACUGAAUUAUAAGAGACUUACACAUACAUUAAAAAGAUAAAAAUAAAAGCUACAAAACUGA